AUGGCCCUGCAGAGAUCCACACUGCAGCAGCAGCUGAGGGAACUGAAGAGAGCCAGUGCAUCACUGAUCUCAGAGCUGCAGACGGGGCUGAAGCAGAGGGAGGGGGAGACCGUCCAGCUGCAAGCCAGGUACAGCAGGCAGAUGUGCUUCUCCGACAGUACCAACAACACAGUCAAGGGUUACCUAUCAGAAUGGUCAAGGAAAGAUGGAGUUAUUAUCAGACCAGUGUGGAAAUGGAUUCGUGAAGAAGCAGUGAACGUGACUCUGGACCCUGACACAGCUGCGUCCUGGCUUGACCUCUCAGCUGAUGGGAAGGAAGUGAAAUAUAUAGAAAUACCAAAGAGAGUCCCUGACCACCACAAGAGGUUUGAUCAUGCUGUCUGUGUCCUGGCUAAAGAGGGGUACUGCUUUGGGAAAUUUUACUAUGAGGUGCAGGUUGGAGAGAAGACUGACUGGACUUUAGGAGUGGCCAAAGAGUCCGUUAACAGGAAGGGGAAGAUUACACUGAGCCCUAAGAAUGGAUACUGGACUGUGGGGUUGUGGAAUGGGACUGAGUACAGAGCUCUUACUGACCCCUCUGUCCCCCUCCUCCUGAGAGAGAAGCCCAGGACAGUGGGGGUGUAUGUGGAUUAUGAGGGGGGUCAGGUCUCCUUUUACAAUGUGGAGGCCAGGUCUCAUAUCUACUCCUUCUUUGGUUAUUUCUCCUCUGCAAGAAUUUACCCUUUCUUCUACCCCGGUUUUAGUAAAGGUGGUAAAAAUGCUGCCCCAUUGGUUAUCUCUCCUGUCAGUCACACAGACUGAACAUGGUUUCAUGGUUUCGAAAGAAUUGAUUUCGUGUUGCAUAUUUGUGACCCAGUUAGCCAUUCUGUUCCCCUUUCAGUGCUAAAAUGCACAGUACUUUUCAAAUCCCUCCUCCUUGAAACCUGAAAUUCUGCAGGAUGCUUCUCCCCUUGCUGCUGCUAAUAUCUUUGUUCCCCUUUCUGCUCAGAAA